CUUGCUUUGUUAGUUUGUUAGUUUAGACUUGCUUUAAAGUUUCAUUGCUAGAUAACAAGAAUUCACUGAGUAGUCAUCAAAUCUAGGACCCGGGUUGAUAAUUAAACCCAAACCCGCUAUACUACGCUUUAGGAAGUGGUUUCACUUGGCCAAUUCAUAGGGUGACAGUAGAAGUGAGUCAAGUUUUUGGCGCCGUUGCCGGGGACGGCUAGGUUGUUGAAGAAAAGUGAUUUCUGUUAAUUUAGCUUUUCUUUUUGUUUUGUUUUCUUUGUCCCACUUGUGCCUUCACGGGUUUGCUUGCUUGAGUGUGUGCAGGUAGUGCAUGACCCGUAGCCAGUCGGGAGGUUUACUGCCGUUGAAUCCAGAGAUUGACCCCACCUGUCGCCAACUCAGGAGACAGCAGCGAGCUGGACUAGCUAUGGAAGAGCGCCUAGACGGCCACUUGAGUAGCGAUUCUGAAGAAGAGUACGGGAUGGACGGAGACUACAAUCAGCACCAGGGGAAUCCUCAGCAGGCUCCCCCGGUGAAUCAGGUCCUAGGGAACAACCCCAUACCCCAGGAUCAUGGAGUUCAUCAUUGACACGCCAAAACACAACACCAAUCUGCGACCAAGUGUAAUCGCAGACCGGGAAUGCAGUAACAGGCAAGUUAUAUUAUCAACCCGGGCUCUAGAUCUACUGCUUACUCAGUGAUUCUCUGUUAUCUAGCCAACUAGAGUAAGUGAUUGUUGUUUAAACUAAAAGCAGAAAUAAAGCAGGAAAUUAUUCGGUUUUCUUAAGCAGGAAAGAGUCACUCGGGAAUGAAUCCCCCUAGCUCUUUAGUUAGGUUUCAAUUGCAAUUUACCCUGGGUUGAUUUACUGUUGAUUAGACUGCGGAAGAUCCGGCAGUAGCUUGGAAUCUCUUAAGCUGACCAAGCCCUUUCAGUCUAACUACCCGGCAGACGACUAGUCUUCACCGGGAUAGAAAGCUGAAGCAGUAAGAACAGAAAUUCACUACUGGAAUUAGAUUCCAGUACAGAGCAGUAAACUGGCUAACUCUCGUAUAACCAGUCUCCUACUAUCGAAUGAUGAGACUCGAGCAACCUAAUCAGAUUCUAUCUAUCUCAGAUUGCAGCAGGAAUCAGGAAAAGUUGAUCAGACUUCAAUUGACUCAAUAAACAUGCAUCAUUCGA